CUGCCUGUCAAAGCGCAGCGCACAGCAUCAAUCAACAAAGCAACAAACAAUCAUCGUCAUCCCCACCUCCCACCACCACCAACAUAACGAUCUGCUGCAACAACAGCGAAACGGUCAAAGAUCUUUGCCAUGUCUGGCUACAAUCGCAUUGGUAAGUGCAUUUGUGGCUCCUUAUCCGUCUUUUCCCUCUACAUAGCCCUGUUUCAAUGCCCCCAUUACGACUCCCUUCAACUGCGCCACACCCUGCGGCAACUUUUCUAAAUCGUACUCGCAACUACGGCGUACUUUUCCUUUUAUUAUCGUGUACUCGUACUUGCGUAUUACUGUACCUGGGUAAUUACAGUGGGCAGUGGACACUGGACAGUGGAUUGUGGACUGUGUACCAACAUUCCUGGCCCUUUACACACCUAUUACACCUUCCUCCGUUUGUUCCCCAGAUAUCCUUUAACACUCCGUCGGAAUCACGGCCUCAACCUGACACACUCGCUCCACCAAAACAUCAUCCUCCUCACUCUCCCCAACCCUUCUCUUCUACUUUCCACACCACUCACCCUCUCGUUACGAAUAAUCUUUUAUUUCUACGCCAUAGACUUAAAACUUAAACUAAACAACAUUCCUAACCCUCGCUUUGAGCAGGCUCGUCUGGAGGUGACGACCAUUACGACGACCCCAUGGAUUCGCGACGACCUGGUCGCACUCCCUC